AUGCCCAAACAAUCAAUCUACGAUGAGGUAGAGCUGGAGGACAUGGUGUACGAUGCAGAGAAGGAUUUAUUUCACUAUCCCUGCCCCUGCGGCGACCGCUUCGAGAUCACGAGGGCUCAGCUGAAGGAGGCUGAAGAUAUUGCCACCUGUCCUAGCUGCAGCUUGCUGAUUCGGGUAGUCUUUGAUCCUGUGAGUCGCGGCACGUACGGCCAGAUCCGUCUUGCGGAUGCGGUGUGGCACCAUUACUUUGCCACACAGCCUGACUGAGCGGUCACGUGCCCUCCGCUUAUGAUCAGCUCGACUUCGAGGACGACGAUGACAGCGAUACGCCCGCUUUGCCGGCCCACAGCGCCUUAGAUCAGGUAUCUCAAGUCGCCACCGCGGCUUAG